CCGGCCGGGUUAGGAGGCAGGAAAUGGCGGCGGUGCUGCAGCUGCAGCUGCCGGGCCCUCCCGCUCCGCACUGCCGGGACAUGGCCGUGUAAAGACGCCGCGACACCGCCGGGCCCGGGCCGCAGCCACGCCGGGACGGACUCCGAGCACUUUACAUACAUGAGAGAAUUGGAAGCUAAAGCUACCAAAGAAGUUGAAAGAAAACCAAGCAGGGCUUUCCUGCCUCAUUUAUGUGGAACUGAGAGAAGGGAUUUAGUGCAAGAAGAGGAAGAACAGUUGAUGGAAGAAAGGAAAAAGAGAAAAGAAGACAAGAAGAAGAAGGAAGCUGCUCAAAAAAAGGCCAUUGAACAAAAAAUCAAAGUGCCAGAACACACAAAGACCAGUGGAAGCCAGCCUCAGCCUGUCACCUCCCAGGGCACUCCCCCAGGACCCAGUACCACCAAUAAUGCCAAGCGGGCCCCCGCCAGCAGCCAGCAGCAGUCUCUGCCUCGCUACCCUCCUCGGGAAGUACCGCCACGAUUCCGGCACCAGGAACACAAACAGCUGCUGAAACGAGGUCAGCAGUUACCUGGGAUAGCUGCAAGCCUGGGAUCUACUCCUCAAGUAUUACCUGGGCAGCCAGGAGGCAGCACUGUCACACACAGCCAGCCAGUGACCAACGGAGAAGUGCCCAACAGCAGCAAAAAACAGCCAGAUCUGAACCACAGUGGUCUAGGAUCACAUUAUGAAAAUCCUCACUGGGGACCAGUCUCUUCAACUAGUGACUCCAGCACAAACUGGGAUAAAGUUAUUGUAGACGGCUCUGACAAAGAAGCAUGGCCAUCAAUCACUGGCAGUGACCCAGAGCUGACAUCAGAAUGUAUGGACACUGACUCUGCCUCUAGCUCUGGGUCGGAGAGAAACCUGGUGAUAAUGGCUUCAGGGAGCACAGGUGGUGACAACGAUGGCAUUCGGAAUGGCAUUGGACAUGGUUCUCAAAAUAAGUUUGUGGUUGGUAGCAACAGCAAUAAUGUGGGCAAUGGAAGUAUUAAUGGGCCGUGGGGUUUAUCCCACGGGACCAUAAUAAGCACAUGUCAAGUUUCUGUGGAUGCUCCUGACAGCAAAUCUGAAAGUAGCAACAAUAGAAUGAAUGCUUGGGGCACCAUAAGCUCUUCAUCAAAUGGAGGGUUAAAUCCAAGCACUUUGAAUUCAAAUGGCAACCAUGGUGCCUGGCCUGUAUUAGAGAACAAUGGACAUGCCCUGAAAGGGUCUGUAGGGAGUGGUAAUCCUGGCACAAGUAUCCCGUGCAGUACCAUAGGUCAGCUGUCUGGCAGUCAGAGUAUUAACUCCAAGGUGGGUGGUUCAGCCCAUGGUUCCUGGGGAAGCCUUCAGGAAAACUGCGAUUCUGAAGUAAAUGGUACAAGGAAGGUUUCAUUCAGUGGGCAGCCUCAAAACCUUAACACUGAAAUGAACGGACCAAAUAACACUACUAACUUUAUGACCUCUAGUUUACCAAACUCUGCUGGUUCGGUGCAGAUGAAUGAACUGCCCAACGCCACGGGGCACGGGGCCUGGCGCGUGAGCACAAUGAACCAUUCUCAGAUGCAGGCCUCUCCGCUCACAAAUGGCACUUCCAUUCCGCACCUCAGCAACGGUGAGGCCAAAAACGGUGGCUCUUACGGUACUACGUGGGGUGCCUAUGGUUCUAAUUACUCCGGAGACAAAUGUUCGGGCCCCAGCAGCCAAGCUAAUGGUGACACUGUGAAUGCAACUGUAAUGCAGCCGGGCGCCGGCGGGCCUGGCAGCACUAACUUUCAACUCAACGGGAAUAAAGGAGGAGGGGUGUGGGAGGCAGGGACAGUCAGCUCCCAGAACGGGCCCUGGGGAGGUGGGAACGGGACGAGCGCUGGCGGAAGCAGGAGGGGAUGGGGCAGCCCAGCCCAGAGCGCGGGCACCGGCGGUGUUCCCAACGGGGACUGGAGCAAACUGCCCAGCAGUCAGCAUUCCAACGAGAGCCUGAGCGGGAACAGCAGGAAGUUUACAAAUGGAUGGAAAUCUACUGAGGAGGAUGAGCUGAGCAGCCAGAGUCCUGCUGCCUCCCAGGGGACGGAGCAGAGCAGCGCCUGGGCCAAAGCAGGUACGGGGGACAGUGAAGGGAGCUCGGAGAGCGCUGGAUGCAGAGAAGAUCGAGCGGCUGCAGAUGGACAGAGCAGAGACAGAAGGAAAGUUGACCAGCAUGCAUUACUCCAAAGCAUAGUGAACAGAACUGACUUAGAUCCACGUGUCCUCUCCAACUCGGGUUGGGGACAGACUCCAAUCAAACAGAACACUGCCUGGGAUACCGAAGCAUCACCGAGGGGUGAAAGAAAAACUGACAAUGGGACAGAGGCCUGGGGAGGCUCUGUGACACAGACUUCCAGCUCAGGGUGUGUGGAUAGACCUAGCCCUAAUAAUAAUGAUACCUCAUCUGUAUCAGGGUGGGGAGAUCCAAAGUCUGCUACUAGGUGGGGAGACUCCAAAGGGUCAAACAGCCAAGGGGGGUGGGAAGAAGAUUCUGCUGCUACAGUAAUGGUCAAGAGCAAUCAGUCAUGGGGAAGUGGCAAAGAGGAAAAGUCAUCUUGGAAUGACACACAGAAGAUCAAACAGGGAUGGGUGGAUGGGCAGAAGGCCAGCCAGGGUUGGGCAGUUUCUGCCAGUGACAGCUGGGGUGAAAAUUCAAGAAAUAACCAUUGGGGUGAGGCUAAGAAAUCCAGUUCAGGAGGCAGCGACAGUGACAGAUCAGUAUCUGGUUGGAACGAGCCAGGUAAAUCAAAUUCUGUUACUUGGGGAGGUAAUAAUACAAACCCAAAUAAUUCUUCAGGAUGGGAUGAGCCUGCAAAGUCUAAUCAGAAUCAGGGCUGGGGAGACCCUCCCAAAUCCAGUCAGCCUCAAGGCUGGGGGGAUUCGUCCAAGCCAGUCAGCUCUCCAGAGUGGAACAAACCAGAUGUUGGCUCUUGGGGAGCACCAUCUGCCACAACCAAGCCCCCGGGGUCAGGCUGGCUGGGUGGGCCAAUGCCAGCACCAGCAAAGGAGGAAGAACCCACGGGCUGGGAGGAGCCAUCCCCUGAAUCAAUCCGCCGUAAAAUGGAAAUUGAUGAUGGAACUUCUGCUUGGGGUGAUCCAAGCAAGUACAACUACAAAAAUGUGAAUAUGUGGAAUAAAAAUGUCCCAAACAGUAGCAGCAGUUCAGACCAGCAAGCACAGGUACAUCAGCAGCUACUGUCUUCAAGUGCCAUGUCUAGCAAGGAGAGCAGCUCGGGUUCUGGUUGGGGAGAGCCUCCUACUCCAGCCACUACUGUAGAUAAUGGAACUUCAGCGUGGGGUAAACCCAUGGAUACUGGUACCAGCUGGGGAGAACCCAUCAGUGAUGCAGCAGGCACCUCUGGCUGGGGAAACACUUCUCUUGGUCAACAGGCUUCAACUAAACCUGGGCCUAAAUCUAUGCAAGAUAGUUGGUGUGGAGAUGAUAUGCCACUGACAGGCAGUCGUCAGACCAGCUGGGAGGAAGAGGAGGAUGUUGAGAUUGGAAUGUGGAACAGCAGUUCUUCACAAGAAGCUAGCCCAUCUUUAAAUUGGCCAACCUAUAUGAAAAAAAUGCCCACAAAGGGAAUAAUGAAAGGUGGAAAUAAGCAAGAUGAAACAUGGAUCAAUCCAUUCAUUAAGCAAUUCACAAAUCUCAGUUUUUCGAGAGAAUCACCAGAUGAAACCAUACAGAGCAAUAAGAUGGACAUGUCUGGAGGGAUACUGCAAGAGAAACGGAUGGAGCUGGAUAAGCAUGGCCUCGGGGUGGGAGAUUACAAUCGUGUGGUUGGGAAAGGCCCUGGUUCUCGUCCUCAGAUUUCCAAAGAGUCUUCCAUAGAUCGCAGUCCUUACUUCGAUAAGAAUGGCAAUCCCAGUGUGUUUGGUGUUGGUAAUAUAGCAGCACAGCCCAGGAGCAUGCAGCAGCCUCCAGCACAACCUCUUAAUUCAUCUCAGCCUAAUCCACGUGCUCAAGUGCCUCCUCCAUUACUCUCCCCUCAGGUUCCAGUAUCAUUACUGAAGUAUGCACCAAACAACGGUGGCCUGAGCCCACUUUUUGGCCCGCAGCAGGUAGCCAUGUUGAAUCAACUGUCCCAGUUAAACCAGUUACAGCGGUUGUUGGCUCAGCAGCAAAAAGCCCAGACUCAAAGGAGCACGCCUUCUGGUGGCCGUCAGCAGCAGGAGCAGCAGGGUCGAUCUCUUAGUAUGCAGCAACAGAUGAUGCAACAGUCCCGUCAGCUUGACCCAAACCUGUUAAUGAAGCAGCAGACUCCACCCUCUCAACAGCAGUCACUCCAUCAACCCACCAUGAAGUCUUUCCUUGAGAAUGUCAUACCCCAUGCUACUCCUGAGCUGCCAAAAGGGCCAUCACCAAUAAAUGCUUUCAGCAGCUUCCCUAUAGGCUUCUGUCCAAUUUCUACUUCAGAAAUUACAGGAAUGAACUCAAACUUGAAUGUAAACAUGGAUAUGAGCAGUAUUAAAGAGCCACAAUCUCGACUGAGGAAAUGGACUACAGUAGAUAGCAUUUCUGUGAACACAUCAUUAGAUCAAAACUCCAGCAAACAUGGUGCUAUUUCAAGUGGUUUUAGGCUGGAAGAUUCUCCAUUUGUUCCCUAUGACUUUAUGAACAGCAGUAACUCCCCAGCCAGCCCUCCCGGCUCCAUUGGGGAGGGCUGGCCCCGUGCCAAAUCGCCUAAUGGCUCUAGCAGUGUUAAUUGGCCACCAGAGUUUCGUCCUGGUGAGCCAUGGAAAGGUUAUCCAAACAUUGACCCUGAAACUGACCCUUACGUCACGCCUGGCAGUGUCAUUAACAAUCUGUCAAUUAACACUGUGCGGGAAGUUGACCACCUCAGGGACAGGAACACUGGGUCAUCCUCAUCUUUGAACACCACGCUGCCUUCAACUAGUGCCUGGUCAUCCAUUCGUGCCUCCAACUACAAUGUUUCCCUCAGCAGUACAGCACA